ACGUAGAAAGGGCAUCUUGAAAUAGUAUCAAUUUCUGCGGUGACCAAUCAAGGCUGUUUUUUUUCGCUCUAGCUGUAUUGUUUACAACAGGGCUAUGUCUAUUUUCCCACAAUUUAAUACAACAUAAAAAAUAAUCUAUUGUUAAAAGGACGUGAUGGGGCACGAUACAACUGGCAAUUAAAACUAUGAGUUGAGCCUUUAUGGAAUAGACAUCGAAAGCUUCGACUUAGAAAGAAGUCGAGUCGCUGGUAAAAACAAGGUUCUUCAAAAAAAUCUUAAUAAUAUCCAGGCUUGAAAUUCAACAUUUUGGAAAACCUUUCUUAUUGGUGGUUCUGAGUGAAAGAGGCUUUUAAAGCCACGCGUCUGGAUUUGCCCGUCUCGCCAUAUUCAGACGGACCGCAAGGGAAGGACAACGGAUGGACGAGGAAGGAGGAAUGAGAUAAGCAUCUUUUCACUCUGCGAGCAACCGCACAGCCGCCGCAGCUCUCUCUCGCUUUCUAUCUUGCUCUCUCUCGCUCCCUCUCUCUCUCUCUCUCUCUCCCCCUCUCUCCAAAAAUAAAGAGAUCGAAGACGGACUAACGAGCGCUUAACACAGAAAUUUAUGGUCCCAGUACUGGUUAACUUGGCUUGAAUGUUGACUGCCUGGAUAAUGACAUUACAGUCGAUCCCGCGAGGUGAUGUAAACUGAAUAAUUCAAUGCGGGUGCACGUCCAGGGAGCUGUCCGUGCUGUUGAGGUGCUGAUGCGGCUCUGAGAGACGCGAGCAUGGCUGCCGGGAAGCUGCUGCUGUACGCCGGCCUCUCACUCUCGCUGUGCGCCCUGGGGAUGCUGGCGGUGGCUAUCUGCUCUGACCACUGGUACGAGACGGACGCCCGGAGGUACAAGGAGCGGUGCAGGAGCUUCAGCAGCCGCAGAAACGACCCGGGCUUUAUUUACAUCCCCAAUAACAGCCUCCCGCUCCGCGCCAGCAGGUCGAGGCUGGACCGUUGGGAGGAGAAGCUGCUGCUGGCUCGGAACCGGCGGCAGCUGUUCGCCAUGAGCGCCGCGGACGAAUGCAGCAGGCAGUACAACUCCAGCAACAUGGGACUGUGGAGCAAAUGCCAUCGCCCGGGAUUCGACCAGGACGUCGAGGACCUCAUUCGGAAAGGUUCCAUCACCAGGUGCUCCUUCAUCAAGUACCACUACUCCUCGGCCGCCAUCCCCAAGAACCUGUCCUACAACAUCACCAAGACCAUCCAGCAGGACGAGUGGCACUCCCUGCACCUAAGGCGGAUGACAGCGGGCUUCAUGGGCAUGGCAGUGGCCAUCAUCUUGUUCGGCUGGAUCAUCGGCGUGCUGGGCUGCUGCUGGGACAGGGGUCUUAUGCAGUACGUCGCCGGUCUGCUCUUCCUUAUGGGAGGUACCUUCUGUAUCAUCUCCCUGUGCACCUGUGUCGCCGGCAUCAACUUCGAGCUGUCCCGCUACCCCCGUUACCUGUACGGGCUGCCCGAUGACAUCGGCCACGGGUACGGCUGGUCCAUGUUCUGCGCCUGGGGGGGCCUGGGCCUCACCCUCAUCGCCGGCUUUUUCUGCACCCUGGCCCCGUCCGUCCAGCCCCUGCCCCGCUCCACCUGCCCCAAGUCCCGACCGGAGAACGGAACGGUCUGCUAAGAGCGCCCCCUUCAGGCGUCCGGUGACACGACACACACACACACAAAACACUGCCUCUGUGCGUUGAGACCGCGUCCGCAAAACCUUGCGAGAACGUCGCGCGGAGAGGAGGAACACGAGCAAGCGGCUAAACGCAUAGCAUCAAAGGGACACUUUUCAGUCUUUAUAAAUAUUUCCUGGCUACAGACAAUGGGAACAUUUCUGUGUGUGUUAAAAAUAAAAAACCAUAAAACAAAAAAACAAAACAGGAACAAUGAGGGGGAAAAAAACGGCAAGACUUUAAUUGGUUCCUUCAACAGACCUAAGGAAUUUUGAGUCAAGUGUGACGUGCAAACUGAUUAAAGAAACUGGUGCUGUGUGUCUUAAGCAAACCUGUACAGAUAAACUCGGAUGAACCUGACGGAGUCUUCUGUUGACACAGAAGAACUGAAGGCUGCCCGUGAACAAUGAACUGAGUGGCAGUGGUGGGGUAGGGGGACAAUGGCAUAAAUGGUUGUAAUUCAAGAACCAGGGCACCGGUCUUGUGCAGAAACCUGCGGUAGAAAUCCCGCCACAUCUGCUUUUCCUGAGGCUGGAGGUAGCAUUUUCAAGGCCUCGCCCCCACCCCCCACUGCUCUGACACCUGAAUAAUGAUUGAUGGGGUAGGCCAAAGGCAUAGCACAGCGUAGCACACAUUGGUCACCCAUGCCCAGAGCUGAAAGUGGGUGGAGACAAGGGACACGGGGCACAGGCAUUGGUUUCGAAAAAGGUACAGUAUAUGUCUGCAGACUUGCUAUUAUCGAGUGGUAAGCCGUUGCCAUAGUAGCAUACUGCAAUUCCCCCAGACAGGUCAGCUUCAGGGUCAGCUUGAUGGACUUUAUCCAGAUCAUGGAAAAAAAAAAAAAAAAUCCACAAAAUUACUUCUUGCUGACUGAAAAGUCCAGGAGUGGGAUCAGAUAAGACAGCCAUUUAGUCAGCAGGGAAUUUGUCGAUUCCCCCAUUGCAAACUGUCUCUGCAAUCUUAUAGAGAGACCAGUCGCUGCACACGACUGGGGUCUCUUCACCAUUGUACAGAUGUGUACAGAAUACUACUACCAAGAAUCAAAAAGUGAAACUUCCAUUUUGUGUUUUUUCAUAUUUCGGUGGACGUCCCAUUCCCUCUGCUCCUGUGAGGAAGCAGUGACUUAUUUGUGUAUUUACAUUUUAUCAGUUGUCAACUUUUGUCACUUUUCUUUUUAAAAAAAAUUAAAAACAAACCAUCCUGGGUGUGUGCUUGAGGUGACUGCACACACGUUUGUGUGUGUGUGUGUGUGUGUGUAGCGCGUGAGCCAUUUUUCACUCUGCCAUUUUCAUAGAGUUGUGAGUGUGAGUGGGUGUUUUACAAUCUGUAUAAGGGGGGAAAAAACGUAUGAUAAUAAAAUAAAAAUAAACAGCUACCUAAGGGAAGAGGUAGGGUAAUUUCAUGAAAGGGGAGCGAGUGAUGCGGUGUCCUGGCUGUGCGGAGCGGCCUCUCAUCUCAUCUUCUUCAUGGCUUUCCGUGGCGGCGUUCUUCGGAGAGACGACCGAUUUAUGAGAAAUGAUUCCGCAUCUCGCCCUCACCGCCUCGAGUGGAAAGCUCUGAAACACUCGCUCUUUCUGAUAGGAAGCACAGGCUCUCUGUACCUUAGGACAAAAAAAGCUUGUUUUGAUGUUUCCUGGUAUCACAAAAAGACUUUCUUCUUCUCCCCGCCCUUCCUCCCCCUUCCUUCCCCAGAAAUGAUUACCUGUUUCUGCAGUGUUCGGGUUUGUGAGUUGCUUUUAUAAAGCUACCUCCAAAGGUGAGGUUGCAGGUAUACAUCUUCCAGUCCAGCCCUUCGAAAGGCUUCCCUCCUCAUCUUAAUUCACAACCGCCCCCAAACCCAGUUCUGCUGGCUGGAAAACCAGGGAUACCUGCUCAGUGCAUAUUUCCCAAUGUUCCCACAGACUGCCAUUGUCUUCAGACAGUAACGAGUCCUCAUUUACAUAUGUGCAUAUUAUUAUUAUUAUUAUUACAUUAAAUCCCUACCAUCCAUAAGGUUUCACUUGGGUAACGCUCAAAUGCUCACCCUAAUAUCCAAGAGUGAAAUGCUAUAUGAUAUUUGUUUUAUUGAUGGAUUUAAUAGCCUGGAUGAUGAAAAACGAUCGCAUUGUUUUCGUUCUAGUAUUCCUCUAGGAAACUGCACACUGUGCAACCUGUCACCUUAUUUUCAAACACAAUUUAAGUGGAGCAAUUUUUGGUUUCCCUGCAUUUCAAAAACUGGUAAAUGAUUUCGUCCCACGAGAUGCAGAUGUGUAACAUAAUUUAUGACAGCCUAGUCUAAGCGAUGCAAGAUCCAAUACUGCAACUUUUCAAAUUGAACUCAAUACACUACACUACACAAAAAAUAAUAAUUUAAAAAAUGCUCAUUUAAUGCACAAUAUCUAUAAGAAAUCCGGCCAAAUAGUACAGUCUGCCUUUGAAAGUGCAUAUAUCUCUCCACUGACAGUACUCCACUGAGUACUUCCCGUCUGCAUGACCGGUGAUUGGUGGACUGAUGUCACACAGGCAUAUUGAUGAUCUGUGAUUGGUGGACUGAUGUCACACAGUGAAGCUGGACUUCCAAUAUGAGAUACAUUGACCAACUAUUCUUAGUAGGGCAUUGCUUGAAAAGCAUGGACACUUCACGCCUUGAGCUGUGAGCUUCUCCAUCUUAAGGUUUUUUUCUAAGGUUUCGCUGAUGAACCUUGAAGGAAAAGCCUUCUUAUCUUCCUCCCCAGUGCCUCAGUUCAAGAACUGUGAGCAACAAACACGUUUAAAGUGGGAGGUGAGUUUCAGUGGGCAAGGUAAACUGAGCAAAUUAACUGAAGAGUACUUCGAGAAGUUUGGGCUCCUUUUUAAAAAAAAAAAUUUUCACUUCACAGCCUGGGUAUUAAAAAAAAAAAAAAAACGGGGGAGGAGGAGGAAGCUGCCGCUGGAUGUGGGCGGAGGACGCAAUUGGGCGUGAAAUUACAAUAACAUAACUGGACACACUUGACAAACUGCAGCUACCGCCCCCCCACCACUCCCACCCCCACCCCCACCGCGAAAGCAAACGCAAGAUAAAAGGCAGACUUACCCCCCAUCAGAGCAUUCUGGAGGAGAAAGCUGCAAAACAAUUCUCAUCAACAGCUGACGUUGCAAAGGAAAACCAUAGAGGAAAAAAAAAACAGAGCGGCCUUAGCACAUCCAUAUCUGCCUGCUCCCUGUUUCAGUCAGUGAG